GUCGCAAGGAUUCCCGCCAGUCCAAAUGGGACAAGUGGGAAACCGAUUUUAUGGAGCGCCAGUUCUUCGAAUGAUUGGGCAAAUCACCGUUGUCGAUGGGAGAACCUCUAAUUCUCUCGCUUACAGUUUCGCUAUCGUCGCUGAUUCCGAUCGUUCCGAUGAGCAAGAUAGAACUUCGACAACAGUUUGGGACAUCAUGAUUGGUCGACAUUCUCCAAUUUUUGGCGUCAAUCGCGAGGGAUACUCUUGGAGUGAUCUUCAUGGUGUGACUGCCAAAGUAGUGGACAUGUCUCAACUCUGUAUUCACAUAUUAGCAAACAAUUUUGGGAUCACAAUCAUUGGCCAAAGCGUAUCAUUGCCCGUUAUGCAUGGAAGAAGAAGAAGAAGAAGAAGAAGAAAACACUGACAUCCUACGAUUUGAUGUGUCUGGUACAUUGAUUGUGAAAGUAUAACUAAACAGUCAGAGAAAAGGUGGAAUGUACAGAAGAAACAUGGAGGAGCAAUCAGAGAUUGAUGUGACUUCCGGAUAAUAUGUUUUGUUCGGACCAGGUAAAAGCAUUUAUUACUUCUACUGCUGUGCUAUUUCCCUUGUAGUUAGGGAUUCCUUCUGAUGACUACAUCCUAUGCAUCUUAAUAAUUCACAUACAUCCACCAUACAAAAAAAACAAUAGCUGUCAAACUGUAA